AUGUAUUCAAUUCAACACGAUUCAAAUAAUUCAUCGUACGAAACGAUGAAUUGCAUACGACAACAGCAACAAUUUAUAUUUAAUAACCGUCAAAUGAUUAAAACAAAACAAUAUUAUUUUUGGUCAACGAAAUUUUAUGAUAACAGGAAUAAACCGAGAGAUAUUUUGCCUGUUUAUCAAACGUCGUGUACUUUUCAAAAGUCUAGAAACGAGGAUGCAAGUGGUAUGUUUCAGCGUUCAUCUUUGAUAUCAUUUUGUGUGCCCGAUGUAUACUCCUCGGGAUCCGAUGGUAAAUAUUCACCGCCGCCUUCAUCAUCAAAUUUACCUCCGCCACCGUCAGAAUGGCUUCCGUAA